UUUUGCUCUUUCUUUUAUGUUCUCAUGUAAUUUUGUCCCUCUCCUCUCUGCAUCAACAUAAUAAACACAAUAGGCGCCCUUUCGCUUUUGCCAUCACUUUUUAUUUAUUAUUAUAUAUAUACAUUAUUCAUAUACAUUAUUCCCUCUAUAUCCUCUCUAACUGUCUCUCUCUAAAGAAAGGGAAUCGUGAUUCGUGAGGUAGUGUCGAGUGCAGGGCCGUAGUUAUUGUAUUAGUUCAAUGGGAGAAGUCCAGAAAAUGGUGGUUUUGGGGGUGGUUAUGGUAGCGAUAACAAUGAGUCUCGGAGGAAAAUGGGCGGAAGCCCAAGUUCACCAUGUGGUUGGAGGAGACCGUGGCUGGGAUGCAUCUCACGACAUCGCUACCUGGGCUUCCGGCAAAACCUUUAGGGUUGGAGAUCAAAUCUCACACGGUAGUGUAGCUGAGCUGCGAAGCAAGGAGGAAUACGAGGCAUGUGAUCUGAGUAACCCUAUCAAAAUGUACACGGACGGUCUGGAUACCAUCUCCCUGGAAGCUGAAGGUUUACGCUACUUUGCCAGUAGCAACUCUGAGCAUUGCAAAAAGGGUCUCAAAUUACACGUGGAGGUUCUUCCCUACCAAAUUACUGGGCCUGGAAUUCUUCAAGUCACUGCAUCAGAGGAGCAUCAAACUGCUUUGGCUGAUGGGCCCUCAACUCCAUCUGCUUCGGCCCAAUCAACCGCAAGCACCCUUCUCAUAUUCGCAGCUGGAUUACUCUGCAUUCUCCUCACCAACCACUAGUUUAUAGUGCUGUAUUUAUUUAGUGGAUUACCUGUUGUAUGCUAUCUAUUGUGCUGGUAUUAGCAUAUAGUUUCAUCAAUUUGAGCAUUUUAUUCGUACUAGUGUAACUCUAAAGAGUGAAAUGAAUUCCGUAUUUUUAAGAUUAUA